GCGAUCCACAUGAGGGUAUAAAUACGAGCUGAGAGAGACACGUUCAGUCAUUUGGUGCGCAUUGAUCUUGACUGCACACAGUCUUCGCUCCAAUAAUCUGUCCGUGCGUUCUUCUUCGCGGCGAUGGCUACUCAAGGUGAAGUAAUCAGUUGCAAAGCGGCGGUGGCCUGGGAACCGAACAAGCCGCUGGUGAUCGAGGAAGUGCAGGUGGCGCCGCCGCAAGCUGGGGAGGUCAGAGUUAAGGUUCUCUUCACUGCUCUCUGCCAUACCGAUGCAUACACCUGGAGCGGAAAGGAUCCUGAAGGUCUCUUCCCUUGUAUUCUGGGACACGAGGCUGCCGGAGUUGUAGAAAGUGUUGGUGAAGAUGUGACUGAAGUUCAGCCAGGGGAUCAUGUCAUCCCCUGCUACCAGGCAGAAUGCCGAGAAUGCAAGUUUUGCAAAUCUGCAAAGACAAACCUAUGUGCAAAAGUGAGGUCAGCCACUGGAGUUGGUGUAAUGCUGAAUGAUCGUAAGAGUCGGUUUUCAAUCAACGGAAAACCUAUUUAUCAUUUCAUGGGAACAUCGACUUUCAGUCAGUAUACUGUUGUACACAAUGUCAGCAUAGCGAAGAUUGAUCCUGCUGCACCAUUGGAUAAGGUGUGCCUGCUUGGCUGUGGUGUUCCGACAGGUCUCGGGGCUGUUUGGAAUACGGCUAAAGUAGAACCAGGUUCCGUAGUUGCUGUUUUUGGCCUCGGCACUGUUGGACUUGCUGUUGCAGAGGGUGCAAAAUCUGCUGGCGCUUCACGAAUUAUAGGCGUCGACAUUGACAGCAAAAGGUUUGAUGUUGCAAAGAAUUUCGGUGUGACGGAAUUCAUCAACCCAAGAGAUCACGACAAACCAAUACAGCAAGUCAUUGCGGAUGAGACCGAUGGCGGUGUUGACUAUAGUUUCGAGUGCAUCGGGAACGUCUCUGUGAUGAGAGCUGCUCUCGAAUGUUGCCACAAGGGGUGGGGAACAUCCGUCAUUGUCGGAGUUGCAGCCUCCGGCCAAGAAAUCUCCACCCGCCCGUUUCAGUUGGUGACGGGCCGGGUCUGGAAGGGGACAGCAUUCGGCGGUUUCAAAAGCCGUACACAAGUGCCUUGGCUCGUCGACAAGUAUAUGAAGAAAGAAGUAAAAGUCGACGAGUACAUCACCCACAACUCGACCCUACCAGAGAUAAACAAGGCCUUCGACCUGAUGCACGAAGGAGGAUGUCUCCGGGUUGUGCUCAACAUGCACACAUGAUGCGCAAUACAGUGUAAACUGAACCGGUGGCAGGCCUUUUGGUGCGCCACCGCCAUCUGUGUGAUUCACUCUCGCCUGCACUCGACUCGUCGCCGAGGUUGAUUGCUGUAAGAAUCUUGAUUGUUUGUCUUUAAGUUAGUUUCUGCUCUUUCAAUAAGCUCCAGCCUCGACUGGAGUUUAGAUUGUUCUUAUAUUUGGGAAGCGCUUGUGCUAUAUAAAGUUUUUCCAGACCGGA